UGAACCUUCCAUCUCUGUGCUUAGACAUCAAUGGAUAAGGAAUGGCUGUGAUCAGUGGAUUGCCCACACGCUUUCACAUGUGCGGACUGUGAGACACCAAAGCCUGCAACUCUCUCCUCCUCUGCCCAUCAAAAACUAGAAUCUGUUCCAGAUUCUUGAAGACAGACAUGUCAGCGGUGCUUCUCAGGUCCUCCGUCUGCCUUGUCCUCCUCCUCUUCCUCCACCGAAAGCUUGCCGCCUCAGCAAACGGAGGAGAUAGCUUCACCUACAGUGGAUUCAGGGGAGCCAAUCUUACCCUCGAUGGGGUGGCAGCCAUCUCAUCCGAUGGUCUUCUUGUAGUCACCAACAAGACGACGCAGAUAAAGGGCCAUGCCUUCCAUCCAUCCCCUCUUCACUUCAGGAAUCCAUCAAAUGGUACAAUCUUCUCCUUCUCCACCACUUUUGUCUUCGGCUUCGUCUCGGAAUUCACCAAUCUUAGUGGGAACGGCAUGGCUUUCCUUGUUUCUCCCACCAUGGACUUCUCCAAAGCCUUGGGUAGUCAGUACUUAGGCCUCUUCAAUCAGAGCAACAAUGGUAACUCGACCAAUCAUGUGCUUGCGAUUGAGCUUGACUCGAUCUUUAACCCCGAAUUCGCAGAUAUGAAUGACAACCAUGUCGGGAUCGACAUAAAUGGCUUGAAAUCCAACAAGUCCCAGUCUGCUGGUUACUAUGCUGAUGAUUCUGGUCUGCUCAAUACUUUAAGUCUUAGAAAUUGUGAAGCCGUGCAGGUUUGGGUAGACUACGACGGCCAAACGAAGCUCAUCAACGUUACCUUGGCUCCCGUCCCAAUGGCCAAGCCACACAAACCUCUGUUGUCUGACACCAUUGAUCUUUCAAGCGUGUUAUUAGAUCCCAUGUUUGUCGGCUUCUCCUCUUCCACUGGUCCUUUCCUGACGUCUCACUACGUUCUCGGAUGGAGCUUCAAGAUGAAUGGAGUAGCUCCGGACCUUGACGACUCCCUGCUGCCUGUGCUUCCUUGUCCCAGAUCUAAGGGUAAAUCAGACGUUUUGGUCAUUGUGCUGCCGUUGGCGUCGGCUGGACUCGUUCUAAUCACCGUAGGGAUCAUUGUGCUUCUCGUGAGACGGAGGAUUAAGUAUGCAGAGCUCCUCGAGGAUUGGGAGCUUGAGUACGGUCCUCAUCGGUUCUCCUACAAAGAUCUGUUCGAAGCUACCAAGGGUUUCAGAGACAAGGAGCUGCUCGGAAUGGGCGGGUUCGGAAGGGUCUACAAGGGGGUGCUGCAGACUUCUAAGGUGGAAGUUGCGGUGAAGAGAGUGUCUCAUGAAUCGAGACAGGGCAUGAGAGAGUUCAUAGCAGAGGUUGUCAGCAUCGGUCGCCUCCGCCACCGGAACCUUGUCCAGUUGCUGGGCUAUUGCCGGCGCAAAGGGGAGCUCCUGUUGGUGUACGACUACAUGCAAAAUGGGAGCCUCGACAAGUUCCUGUAUGACGAAGCCAAGCCUACUCUGGACUGGCCGACGCGCUUCCGGAUCAUCAAAGGCGUGGCAUCAGGCCUUCUCUAUCUACACGAAGACUGGGAGCAAGUCGUCAUCCACAGAGACGUCAAGGCAAGCAAUGUGCUGCUCGACCAUGAACUGAACGGAAGGCUGGGCGACUUUGGCCUAGCAAGGUUGUAUGAUCACGGAACUGCUCCCAAGACCACUCGUGUCGUCGGAACCAUGGGUUAUCUUGCUCCCGAGCUGGCUCGAACCGGCAAGGCCACCACCAUCACCGACGUGUUUGCGUUCGGGAUCUUCGUCUUGGAGGUUGCUUGCGGAAGGCGGCCGGUGGACCCGAUCACCUUCGGGGAGGAGCUCAUUUUGUUGGAUUGGGUGCUGGAGAAUUGGCGGAAGGGAUGCAUACAGGAGACGAGUGAUCCGAGGCUGGGAGAAGAAUUCGUGGUGGAGGAGAUGGAGCUGGUUUUGAAGCUUGGAUUGCUGUGCUCGCAUCCGCUGCCGGCGGGCAGGCCGAGCAUGCGCCAAGUUGUGGAGUACUUGGAGGGCAAUGCGCCACUCCCAGAGUUGUCGCCGACGUACCUCAGCUUCAGCGUUCUUGCGAUGCUUCACAACGAAGUUUCUCGCACCAAGAACUUCUCCCAAGCCUUAGGUAGCCAGUAUUUAGGCCUCUUCAAUAUGAGCAACAAUGGCAACUCCACCAACCAUGUCCUUGCCAUCGAGCUCGACACGAUCCGUAACCCCGAAUUCCAUGACAUCGAUAACAAUCAUGUCGGCAUCGAUAUCAACAGCUUGACAUCUAAUCAGUCCUACACUGCUGGUUAUUAUCCCAAUGACACUGAUUCGUUCCAAAAUCUAAGCCUCAGUAGCGGCCGAGCCAUGCAACUUUGGGUAGACUAUGACAGCGGAAAGAUGCUGCUCGAUGUUACCUUGGCUCCAGUCCCAGUGGCCAAACCCCGUAAACCUCUCCUGUCUGCUCCCGUUGAUCUCUCAAGCGUGUUCUCGGACACCAUGUACGUCGGAUUCUCCUCAUCCACAGGUCCUUUCCUAACAUCUCAUUACGUUCUCGGUUGGAGCUUUAAGAUGAAUGGAGUAGCUCGAGCUCUCGACUACUCGCUGCUGCCUUCACUCCCUCGCACGAAGUCAGAUCGCAGAUCGAAGGCUUUGCGUAUCGGGCUGCCCUUGGCGUCAGCUGCACUUGUUGCGAUCGUUGUAGGGAUCAUCGUGUUAUACGUGAGAUGGAGGAUCAAGUAUGCCGAGCUACUGGAAGACUGGGAGGUCGAGUACGGACCUCACCGGUUCUCCUACAGAGAUUUGUUCAACGCUACCAAGGGCUUCCACGAUAAGGAGUUGCUCGGGAUCGGCGGGUUCGGGAGAGUCUACAGGGGCGUGCUACCGUCUUCUAGAUCGGAGAUUGCGGUGAAAAGAGUGUCCCAUGGAUCGAGACAGGGUAUGAGAGAGUUCAUAGCGGAGAUAGUCAGCAUCGGCCGCCUCCGCCACAGGAACCUUGUCCAGUUGUUGGGCUACUGCCGGCGCAAAGGGGAGCUGCUGUUGGUGUACGAUUACAUGCCCAAUGGCAGCCUCGACAACUUUCUGUAUGACCAAGACAAGCCUACUCUGGAUUGGGCGACACGGUUUCGGAUCAUCAAAGGGGUGGCAUCGGGCCUUCUGUAUCUACACGAGGACUGGGAGCAAGUCGUGAUCCACAGAGACAUCAAGGCGAGCAAUGUGCUGCUCGACCAUGAAUGGAACGGAAGACUGGGUGACUUCGGCCUAGCAAGACUAUACGAUCAUGGAACUGAUCCACUGACCACCCAUGUGGUCGGAACCACGGGUUAUCUUGCUCCCGAGCUCGCCCGAAACGGCAAGGCGACCACCGUCACCGACGUGUUUGCGUUCGGGGCAUUCGUUCUCGAGGUCGCUUGCGGGAGGAGGCCGGUGGAGACGAUGGCGGACGAGGAGCAGUUCGUGCUGUUGGACUGGGUGGUGGAGAACUGGCGGAAGGGAUCGAUACUGGACACGAGGGAUGCAAGGCUGGGAGAGGAGUACGUGGCGGAGGAGGUGGAGCUGGCUCUGAAGCUUGGGUUGCUGUGCUCGCAUCCGCUGCCCGCAGCCCGGCCGAGCAUGCGGCAAGUGGUGCGGUUCUUGGAGGGCGACGCGCCGCUUCCGGAACUGUCGCCCACGUACCUCAGCUUCAGCGUUCUUGGGCUGCCUCACAAUGAAGGUUUCGAUGAUCAUAUUGUGUCGUACCCUUCGUCGUCGGUGGCCACUGCCUCAGUUGUUUCUGGAAUUUCCGGAGGUCGAUGACAGAGAGAUUGUAAAUGAUGUGCUGAGGGCUUCCGUCUCUUUUGUUCAUUUUGUCAUAGCUUUAUCGCAUCAUCUUAUUUUCUUCCCUGCUUCAUUUGUUGUGGAUUUCCUUUGAUGUAAUCAGAGAGGCAGCUGAAUCUUGAAUCA